AUGAACCAAGUAACUACAGAAACAGUGAGUUCCUUUAUGGAAGCCACUACCCUGCAUGGUGCUAGGUUUUUAUUCAGUGGAGACUAUUUCAGGAGGCUGAUUUGGGCAGUAGCUCUCGGAUUUUGUUUCGGUUACUGUAUCUAUCAGAUCUUUCAAGCGGUGGAUGCAUUUUAUGGUAAACCAUACAACACAAGAAUCACAAAAAAAGUAGGACACAUGAACGAGAAUCAAACAUUUCCGGCCGUAAGUCUCUGCAAUUUUAAUUCAUUUAAUCGGCGAAGGUACAUUAACCUUAUGAAGACAAGAAAUAUGUCUAGUAAUGAUGAAAUUAAACUUAAUCUCAAGUUUAUAGAAUCACUGCUGGCAAAAUCGAAAGAUGUCUUCAACAGCUCGUCAAAAAAUGAUCAUUUUUACUUGUUCGACCGAACAAUUUGCGAGGAUGGUUCGGAUAUUUGUUAUCUUACACUUUUUAGUCAUCAAAUCGAUGAAAUGCUACUUCCGAGCCCGAUAUUUGAGUCUUGUGAUAUUAAUGGUAUUCCUUGCGGCUCAAGCAACUUUUCAUCAUUCAUAAACUCUGUGUUUGGCCAGUGCUACACUUUCAACUCUGGACAUUAUGGCUUUCCUCUAAUCAACGCUACCAUGGCAGGUCACCUAAACGGUUUGAAGCUGUUGUUACAUGUGGAGAGAGACAGUUACCUGGAUUCUCCAACAAAUCCAUACGUUGGACUUACGGUUCUGGUACACGAUCAACAGACCUUUCCUUUUAUGGAACAGUUUGGCUUUGCAGUUCAACCUGGAGUUCGUACCCUUUGCGCAAUAAGAAGGAAAAAGGUUAGUUAGAUCUCUGCACUCUCGGCGCGGCAUUCUCGAUAAAUUUUUAAGCGUUUUUUCCUGCCCUGAAACAACACAAACGCGUACUAGCCUGAAAUUCAUCCGAUUGCUUCGAGUCGUUUUCUCCUCUCAACAAUUGAGGGAGUAAUAACGACUCGAAGUAAUCGGAUGAAAUUCAGGCUAAAACGCGUACUAGAAAAUAGAAAAUAGUCAUACCAAUUUCCCCCUGACUGAUCUUGCGCCUUUUGCUAAAGAUAUUGUAGCUAUUGGCUUAUACAUAAAUUAGUUAAAACUGACGCAUUUUAAGCCUUCGUUCUCACGUUAUAAAAUACUUUGUUAUCAUGCAGGUUAUAAACUUGCCAUCCCCUUAUUUAGCCAACUGCACAACAAGGAACUUGGAUAUUCUUCGGAAGACUAACUACACGUAUUCCAAACCUGCCUGUCUGAUGCAAUGUCUGAGUUAUUUUGUUAUCAAAACAUGCGGAUGUCGCCCCAUAGAAUAUAAAGGUAAGAAGUCAAGAUAUGGCUAGAUCACCCUGACAUUUCGAGGCCGAUACUGAUAAUNGAAAAUAGAAAAUAGUCAUACCAAUUUCCCCCUGACUGAUCUUGCGCCUUUUGCUAAAGAUAUUGUAGCUAUUGGCUUAUACAUAAAUUAGUUAAAACUGACGCAUUUUAAGCCUUCGUUCUCACGUUAUAAAAUACUUUGUUAUCAUGCAGGUUAUAAACUUGCCAUCCCCUUAUUUAGCCAACUGCACAACAAGGAACUUGGAUAUUCUUCGGAAGACUAACUACACAUAUUCCAAACCUGCCUGUCUGAUGCAAUGUCUGAGUUAUUUUGUUAUCAAAACAUGCGGAUGUCGCCCCAUAGAAUAUAAAGGUAAGAAGUCAAGAUAUGGCUAGAUCACCCUGACAUUUCGAGGCCGAUACUGAUAAUGAGUGCUUUAGUGAGACACUACUAUACUGUAUCUAAGAUCAAUGUUGCAUGUUGUAACUGUAAUUUCAAGUUUUAAGUUAAGAAAUCGUUGAAACGUGUCCGUGCAAUACAGAUCGAAUUUGAAUUUGGAAGUGUUACGUUAGUUUUGAAGGAGAAUGGAAAACCGGAAUACCCAGAGAUAAACCUCUCAGAACAAGGGAGAGAACCAUCAGUAAACUCAACCCACAAAUGGCGCCGUCGCCGGGAUUUGAACCCGGGCCACAUUGGUGGGAGGUGAGUGCUCUCACCGCUGUGCCACCCUUGCUCCCCGAGGUCUCCUAUGAGAUUAUGCAGGCCAAAAAUAGAUUGUUUUCGAAGAUCUUACCCCAGAUGUUGCAGUUCGGGUUAGGUUGAACCUGGCUUUGCACUGAGCUCUUUUUUCGUUCAGGUUGAUGACAAUGGCUGCCUCAAAGUAGGAGAUAGCCAUCUCAGUUUAGCCGACUAUCUCGAUACCUAGCAUGUCACAGCAUGCGAGUCAGAACAUGCAGCAGAUUUUAAAUGGAUCUAACUUUUUGUUUUUUUUUUGUUUUUUUGUUUCAUACUUUUUUUUUAUUAUUAUUUUUUUAUUAUUUUUUUAUUAUUAUUUUAUUAUUAUUAUUUUUUUAUUGACAAGAAAAAAUUAAUUACAAAUACUUGUUAUUUUAACUAUGAAAAAUAAUAUAUAUAUCUCUAUGGCAAAAAACAAACUAAAUUUGUAAAGGAAAAAAAAACAAACAAACAAACAAACUAAAUUCAAAGGAAAAAGACGCAAACCUGAUAAGUGAAACAGUAUAGCAGUAAAGUGUAGCUUGAAGGAAAUGACACUAGCAUUCACGUAUCUAAAGAAGUAAAUGCAUCUAACUGCAAGCUUAAUGUCGCGGCCGUAAAGUGCAGGAGGAUACAAUAAAGCAAAAACUAUUUUCUAUAAACUUUGAAGAGUCGUUAUUUGUUGUCUGGACGACAGGAUACAUCUUAGACUCAGUGCAGAUUUCUACUCAUAUUACAUUGAAUUUCCUUCGUAGAUCCAACAUUUCCACUUUGCGCUUCAAAUGACACUGUGUUCUGCUUGCUUCCAGCAUAUGGUCUGCGUUUUUAUUUUCUUAUUAACCUAUGACCUCAUCAGUUUUAAAAAGGUCACAACAGGCACGGUUUGAGAGCAUUCGGUCCACCAAUAGCGAUGUGAUAUGAUAGAUAUUUUAGAAAUUGUUAGAAAACAACCAGAACAUGCAUCCGACCGUCCGUCCGUCCGUCCGUCCAUCCAUCCAUCCAAUAUAAUCAGUAAUCAAUCCACUACUUAAUGUGAGGACUUCAGUCAAAUGUUCAGCAAUUUCUGCGAUCAGUCGGUGUAAUUUUCAGCAAACCAUUCAUGAUAAGCGUUUGAAUUUUGCGCUAGAUAGGCAAUAAAUAGGUCAGCCGAGCUGCCAUUGAGUCGGACAAUCAGGUUGUGAACCAUCAAAUGGCAUCAUAAAACACGUCUGUCCGUUACUGCUACCAUACAUCAGACAGCCAGCCAGUCAAUCACUUUCUCUUUCCACUCUGUGACCCUACAUUAAGGCAAAUGACAAAAAAUAAGUGAAUCAGUUAUCAAGGAAGUCAUUCAUUCACUCAUUCAAUAACUCUAUACUCACAAUUACAAAAAGGGUUUACAACACAUGUUAUAUUUUCGAUUUGUUUUGGACAGAAUCAUUUGGUAAAUCAAAGGAAAAGGAGGAGUGCGAAAAAACCUGCCAGGAACCAUGCCACCACACAGACUAUGAAAUAUCCUUAUCAUAUGCCGGUUUGCAGAGGAAUGUGUUCAUUAAAAAACUCAACGCAGCAUUAAAUGAUACUGAGAACUUUCCGGGAUUCGAGACUUUUCUGAACAUAUCAUAUUCAGAAAAGAAGCAGUACAUAGAGUAAGUUUUCUGUGGGGUGACUUAACGCUAAAAGCCUAUUUUGCGGACAGAAGUAAUAUUUAAAUGAUGUUUUCUCACGCAUGGAAAUCGCCGCAGAGUUUUGAUUUUUCUACCACUGUCUUGUUCGCUCCCUUUAAAUUUCCCCUAACUUUUGAGCGGCUUACUAAGUAACAAUCAACUUUGAUUUGACAAUUUCCUAAACAUAAUUUCUGCCUUUCUUGCCGUGCAGUGAUAACAUCGUUUCCCUCGAUAUCUUUUUCCAAGAACUGAGCUACGAUGAGAUUAGACAGACUCCACAGUUUACAGAUUGGUCUUUAGUUGGUGAGUCUUUUGUUGUAGGUUUCCCUGCGUAGUCAAAGUAAUAAUAAAUAAGUAAGGAUGAAAAAAUAAUGAAUUAAUAUAAAUACCAAACCACGCAGUAAAUAAAGCUAAGAGCGAGCCUAAUUUGCUAUCUAGAAAGAAACUAUCCUCUGCUAUUUACCCCAAUGCCUUUCCUUCAUGCUCAAGAUGCGUUCACUUGGGAAGAAUCAGGUCAGGAUUUGUGUUCCAAGGUCACUCGAAUCAUGGUGCAUGAUGAAUUCUUGUCUAGGAGAAAUUUAGUGGUUCCUUUGAUGAACCGUGCUCUGAAGAUCUUCGAUCGUAGGUCCUGAAAAUGAUCCGUCCCAAACGUGGAGACAGAGGGCGCGAUCCAUUCAACCAAAAUUUCCGGAAAUUUCGUUCCAAAACUCAAUGGAUCUGUUCGGUCCAACAGGAAAAGUUUCGAAAAAACGGGUCCACCUUUUAAGGUGGACCACUUUUCCUGGUUGGACCGGUUGGAAUUUUGGUUGAAUGGAUCGCGCCCCGACACACUACAAAAUUCUUCCCAAAACAAAGAAAUUGACAUGGUAAGACAGUCGGGUGAUAAUUGAAAUUUUAAAUUUGAGUAAAUGUCAUUUCUUUUCCCUUUUUCUUUCAGCGACUCUAGGUGGCAAUUUUGGUCUUUUUCUCGGUAUGAGUAUCCUGACACUUCUCGAAUUUGUUGACUUCGCUCUCAGAAGAUUCUGUGUUUUCAUCUGGAAUGAAUCUUAG